UGCCACUGUUAUAUCUGUUUUGAAACCGUUAAUCUUAUUGUGAUUUUAUAAUUGUUGUUUUGUCAAUAUCACGGUGCCUUGUUUUCAUAACAUUCAAUUCUUCAUUGUCUUUGAUUUAGUUAACAUUUUUGUGUAAAUAGAAUAAUGUCAAUAAGCUCUGGUUCAGAUUUGUCCGAUUAUGAAGACAUUACUGAUACAUAUAAAGUAGAAGAAGACACUACAACUUUGAAAGUUUUAGACAACACCAAGCCUUGCAUUUGCGAUUCAGUUGAGGAAGCUACUCGAUUUCUUCAUAGUUAUGAAAUCAGUAAUUCUGUUAGGUUUGCUGCCCUUUCCACUCCAAAGAGCUUUGGAAGUUCAGUUAUACAUGGAACCCAACAUAAAGUAUUAUGGGAAACAUCUGAAGACUAUGCUACUCCUUAUAUUAUAUUAUCUAGAAAAAGAUACAAUUGUCACCAUGGUUUCGAUCGGAACGCUGCUGCAAAAAGGAAGCAUAAUGAAGCAAAAGAAAAUCAGAAAGUGGAUCAUUUAUACAUAACUAAUUAUGUUAUCAUACAAGAUACUAAAAAGUUUAAUUGUCCUGCAAAAGCCAUUAUGAAAGAAGUGGUAUAUUUCACUGACUUCAAGCUUAUUAAUUCCAGUAAUUAUCGUAAGAAGCAACAGUCAAAAGAAAUAAAAUAUUCGUUGCUACAAAAAAAGGAUGUGGUAAUUAGUCGAAAAAUUAUUGUUGAGAUAGACAGCUUAAAUGAUCACAAAAAUCACCCUCUUGGCAAGAUUGAGCUACUCUCACAAAAAAUUGAUCCACGCUUAUCAGUUAAAAUUUCUGAAUACAUUAAAGAUGGUGUUUCUAAUGUGCGUGAGAUGAGAAGACUUUUAAAUAUUACUGUCAAUGAAAUGUUUGGAAAGAAAAAUCUUCCUUCUAGAACCAACAGAAGAUUUUAUCCAAGAACUGACAUAAUUCGUUCGCACAUGGUCAAAGAGCGUCUAAAGCAAAGAUACUCGAACAUCGACCAAGACUGCUUAGAAAUCAAAAUAAAAGAAUGGAAAGAAGCUGACUCAUCUGCCAAUAUAUAUUUUCGACCUAAAGAACGGGGUAACAGUGCUGAGCUCUUGUUUGUAUACCAAGCAUUUUGGCAAAAAAAACUGCUAAAAAAAUAUGGGAAUGAGAUGUUGUUUUUGGAUGCAACAUACAAAACAACACGAUAUUCUUUACCUUUGUUUUUUGGUUGUCAAAACAAAUGUGAAUUAUCAAAUUGUAGCAACCUUUGUAAGCGAAAGUGAAACUUUUGAAUCGAUAUCUGAAGCACUUGUUAUCUUAAAGUCUUGGAAUGAAGAUUUGCAACCUCUUUAUUGCAUGACUGAUUAUUGUAAUGCUGAGAUACGUGCUCUCGAAACUAUUUUUAUUGGAUGUAAGGUAUUUAUAUGUGACUUUCACAGAGAACAGUCUUGAGACCGUUGGCUAAAAAAGCUAUCAAGUGGUUGCUCUAACAGAAAAGAUGAUAUUUUAUGUAUUUUAAGGCGACUCGCUUGGUCAAAGUCAAUUGACGAGGAAGAAAAUGCUCAAAGAAUAUUGGAACAGUCUGAAUUCUGGAGUCAAGAAAGCUUUACUAAGUUUAAACAAUAUAUAGAAAAGUAUUGGCUCCCAAUUAAAAAAAGGUGGGUUUGGUGGUACAGGCAGGAUCGUCUUCUUAUCAAUUGCAAUACAAACAAUGGUGUGGAAAGGCAGAAUGAGUCUUUUAAAUAUACUUAUUUACAGCGACAUAAAAACUCAUCAUUGACUGGAAUGUUAACUUUGCUUAUUGAUGACUUCUUCAUUGAUAAACUUGACAGCUAUACUGAUUCCAACUUUAAAAUGGAUGCACGUUACAGAAGGUAUGCACGUUGGGUGCCAAGUUAUCUUUACAACCGUCCUCAUAGCUUUGUUAAACAUUGCCUAAUAAAAAAAAGUAACGUUGAGAAUCUUGAUUUGUCCGGAGUAAUCAUGAUUAAACAUGGAGUUUUUGCUGUACUAAGUUCUACCAAGCCAGCUACUAA